AUGUACCCUAAACCGUUCCCAGCUCUUACACCUCAAUCAUAUGUUCCAGGUAGUGGUGGUGGUGGUGGUAUUCCUUAUGGAGCUUACCCACCCGGUGGAGCACGAAGUAGUUUUCCAGUACUCACACCAAAUUCUUAUCUUCCUCCAAUGGGUACUAUCGAACCACCAAUAAUGAACUUAAGUGGAGGAGGUGGCAUGUUCCCUCCUCCAACACCUUAUACUCCCAUGGCUCCUAUGUUGCAUAGUGUACCACAAAUGCAAUAUCCACAACCAGGUGCAAUAUCAAUGAUGGCUCCACCACCACUGCCGCCGCCACCACCACCACCGCAACCAUCGUAUGAUCCAGGAUAUCCACUCUAUUCGCAUCGGCGUCGUCCAGUUCGUCUAUGUCGACGACGAGGUCGUCGCUCACGGCGGCCUCGACCUGUUUUACAGAUAAUUGAUUCAAGUUCAUGUUCAUCAUUAUCAUCAUGUACAACCAUAAGUUCAUGUUCAAGACGUCGUCAUCGAUCACGUACUCGCUCACGACGCCGUGGAGCAACUUCACGUCAACAACAACAACAACAACAACCAAUAAUAGUUUUACCUGUUCAAUGUCAGCAACCACAAUCAAAUGUAGCAGGUCCUAUUCAACAACAGCCUCAACAAAUUAUUUUACCACCUUUACAAUAUCAACAAUCAGGACAAUGUCAACCUCAACAAUAUGUUUCUUCACCUAUACAAUAUCAACAAUCAGGACAAUAUCAACCUCAACAACUAGCAUUACCGCCCAUACCAAUACAACAGCAUCAACAACUAUCAUUACCGCAACUACAAUUUAGUUCAUCUAAUCUUAUUCAGAGUGCAGCUUCAAGUCCAAUGAGCAUUCCUAGUGGUCAACCAAUGAUACAGCCAUCAAUGUCAUUGCCACAAAUUGCUAACAUUGGACAACCACUACAAAUACAACCUGGAACCAUUCAAUAUAUUCAAACUGUACCAUCAUCUUCUUCAUCACCAUUACAAUACAUAACAAGUGAGCCACGUUCAACUGUCGCACCGCAACGUAUUCUUGUAAACAGUACAAAGAAAAACCAAUCAUCCAAGGUUAAGCCUAUUCCGAGGUCUACUUCAGUAAAAGCAUUACCUCAAAAUGAUCUUAAAUUUGGUCGACAUCCAUUUGAUUGGUACGAGAGUGACAAAAAAAAUAACAUUAUAAAUGACAAAGUUCAAGUUGGACAACGAAGAAGCACUGCUGUUCGUUAA